AUGAACCUUUUGAGCUGGAACUGCCGAGGGCUUGGGAACCCUCAGACAGUUAGCUUCCUUAAGCUUCUGGUUAAGGAAAAGAACCCAUCCAUGAUCUUCCUCAUGGAAACUAAGUGUGGUAAAGGAAGACUGGAAGAAGUUAGAAGAAUCCUUGGGUUUGAGUCCUGCCUAACAGUUGAGAGUAGAGGCAGUGCUGGUGGCUUGGCUAUAUUGUGGAAGAAUAACACUAAGGUGUCCAUAUACAAUUACUCAAGAUGGCAUAUUAGUGCCCAUGUAUUGAACUUGGUAGGGGACCAGACCUGGUUAUUCACAGGCUUCUAUGGUCACCCAGAGACAUCAAGAAGAAGGAGUAGCUGGGAAUUCCUAAAAGAACUUAAACCUCUAGACCCGACACCUUGGCUAUGUAGUGGUGACUUCAAUGAGUUGACCUGCCAGGCAGAGAAAGUGGGAGGACCUCCAAGACCAUAUAGACAAAUGGAGAUGUUCAGAGAAGCCCUUGAGUGGUGUUCCCUGAACAGGCUAAGGAUAGAAGGACCAAUGUUCACCUGGACUAACAACAGGAAUGGCAUAAAUCAUACUAAAGAAAUGCUUGACCGAGCCUUAGGCAACCCAGCCUGGCUUCAAAUGUUUAAUAAUGCCUCCUGUGUGGUAUUACCUGCAGUAAAAUCAGACCAUUCACCUCUGAAUGUUUGUUUAGACUGCAAAGGGAACUUGGGAACUAGCAAGGCCAGAAUUUUCAGAUUUGAAGCUGCAUGGAACCUGAAGGAAAGGUGUAACUCUACUAUAAAGAAAGGGUGGGGAUUGGCUGCUCCAGGCAUUAGCCAUACUGACAGGAUAACCAGAAGACUUAGAAACUGCAGCUCAGAAUUGAAGAAGUGGAAUUCGGCAGAGAAUAGAAGAUCAGGGAUAAAAUGA